UUCAAAUAGUGCAGUGGGUGUUUGUUUGAGAGAGAUCUUGCGUGUGUGUGAAGUGGCGGUGGCGGAGAGUGAGGGUUCUGCAGUGGCGGGAGGCGUCGGCCUCGCCGUGAAUAGCAAGGUAUAUCCGAGUCCGGGGGCGGCACGCGGCGUGUGGGCGCUGCCGCAGCCGCCCCCAUGUACCAUGGCAGCUGAGGAGUCGCUGCCACCCUGCUCCCCGAUGUCGCCGGACGCCCCCACAACCCAGCCGCGAAUCACCACCAACAUGACCCACUAUUCCGAUUUCCAUCAACUGAUAUUCGAAGCUGUCCGAUCAGGGGAAGUAUCAGAUAUCGAAAGGCUGGUGGAAAAACUUGGGGUGGAAGUGCUGAGUGCGCGAGACCAGCACGGCUACACUCCAGCGCACUGGGCAGCACUGGAUGGCAGCGUGGCUGUAAUGCGGUAUCUUGUGGAAAGGAACGCACCAGUAGACCUCUCCUGUUUGGGAACACAGGGACCUCGUCCAAUCCACUGGGCAUCUCGAAAAGGUCAUGCAUCUGUUGUACAAGUAUUACUGCAAUCAGGAGUAGCUGUAAACGCUGCAGAUUUUAAAGGGUUAACUCCACUCAUGACUGCGUGUAUGUAUGGAAAAACCGCAACUGCCGCAUAUCUUCUCGGCAUGGGAGCAGCAACCAGGUUAUCUGACAUCAACGGCGACACUGCUUUACAUUGGGCAGCGUACAAGGGGCAUGCGGAUUUAGUACGCUUGCUUAUUUACUCCGGCGUGCCAUUACACUGCACAGAUAAUUUUGGAUCAACGCCUUUGCAUCUCGCCUGCCUGUCGGGCAAUUUGACAUGCGUUCGAUUGCUCUGUGAAAAGGUUAAAGCCGAAUUGGAACCUCGAGAUAAGAAUGGCAAGACUCCACUUAUGCUCGCGCAAAGUCAUCGCCACGCAGAAGUAGUGAAAUUGUUGCAAAAGGAGAUGAAACGGAAGUCCCAUUGGAUGCCACCACUAUCUGAAUUUUGGGCACUGCUUUUUGGCGGAGCUGGGGACUCUAAAGGGCCUUUACUAUUUUUCCUGGUGUCCGUACUUUUGUGGGGUUACCCCAUGUAUAUCAUACGGUGUAUUCCGCUGACUUGGAACACCUUACGUCUCUCUCACUACUGCUUCCUGUACUGGAACGCUAUAAUGUGGAUCAGCUGGGUAAUCGCCAACCGUCGUGACCCUGGCUACAUUCCUCAGAACUCCGAGACUUACUACAGAGCUAUACGGCAGAUACCCUACUACGAUAAGUGGAAGAAGAGGAAUAUUAUACUGUCUCGUUUAUGCCACACUUGUAGGUGCUUGAGGCCACUCAGGGCCAAACACUGUCGCAUCUGCAAACGUUGCGUGGCCUACUUCGAUCACCACUGCCCCUUCAUCUACAACUGCAUCGGUGUGCGCAACCGCAUGUGGUUCUUUUUAUUCGUCAUGAGCGUCGCCAUCAACUGCACUGUCUCAAUCUACUUCGCCUGCUACUGCCUGCUGCUGGAGGGUUUCGGUGUUCUCUACGUGCUGGGGUUGUUGGAGGCCAUUAUAUUUUGCGGGCUCGGAUGGAUUUUGACGUGCACUUCAAUCCUGCACGCCUGCAUGAAUUUGACCACAAACGAAAUGUUCAACUACAAACGGUACCCGUACCUGCGCGACAAGAGGGGCAGAUACCAGAACCCUUUCUCAAGAGGCCCUAUUAUGAAUCUGUUCGAAUUCUUCGUCUGCCUUCCUGACAAAUGUGACGAGCAAGAUAUAUUUUACGAGGAAAAUAUAUGAUGCGAGCCAGUAUGACCAAAGGACGCGACGUCGUUUGGUCGGCUCCAAUGCCAUCCAAAAGGAGUGUUGAACGUGCACUGCGUUACAAAGUCGCGUAACAAUGACUAACCACUACACAUUAAAUUUUAGAUAGCAAAGAUAUACUACAGCUUAUAUAUAUAAUAUGUUAUUAUUAUUGCUAAUAUAUAUUAG